ACACAGGUCAAUGGGGUAUUUAUUGCACUGAAGAAGUAAUUCGUUAACUUUUUAAGAUCUCAGAUUUCUUGAAAUUAAUGUUUAUAGCAGGGCUUAUGUACAACCUGAGGCAUAUCUACUGAAUGCAGCUGUUGUCAUAUUAAGUAACUGAUGUAAUAAUUUGUGGAUGAUGCAUCCAGGCAGUCACUUUAAUCACGUUGAGAAAAAAUAACUGUGAAUACAAAGUACUUUGCCUCUUGAAAAAAUAUCAUCUUACGUUUUUUUCUGCCAGUGAACAUUACGACGUGACACACAUGAAAAGAGUAGCCCUACAGUGCUUUGCCUGUGAGGGGAAGGAGGAAAUAAUAAUUUGAUCCUUCUCAAGUUUAAAAUAAUUAAAUUUUGUUGAAAGCCAUGGUAUUGUAGAUGUCUGUGGGCUAAUUAAUUUUAGCAGCAGUUAAGUAUCAACCUCUUUAAACCCAGGAUGUUACUGUAAAUUUGUGUCAGUUCUUUACUGCAGACCCUUAACUUUUUUUUUAUAUCUCCAAUCCCGAGUUUGCGGUGUUUUUAUAUAUAUUUCUAAGUGAGAUAAAGGGGUAUUCAAGUUAGAGGAAAUCUUUUUUUAACAGCAAUGUAUAUACGUAAAGGGGUUUAUCAGAUGGAGACCAAGGGCACAGUGACAAGCAAAGCAGAAAAACAGCUGAUUCCCCGAGUCAGUGGCCCUCUGAACAUGUAGAUAUAGGUGUAUCUCUGGUGGGUGAAAAAUUACUCAACUGAUCAGGCAACCGUAGAAAUACACAGGAAAUUGUCAAUUUGAUUUGGUUCCAUGCUGUAUUAGCCAGUGCUAGCCACAAUGCCUGCACCGAAGAGUGUAUGUUGGUGUUUUGGAGGGAGGCCGCCAGAAAUAACCUAUGGUAUCGAUGGGGAGACGCCUCUCAAGGCCAUGGAAGUCGAGGUUCCUAUGCCCACGGAUGAAAAGGAGAUUGAUGAAAAGUUUGCAGAAAUUGUGGAGGAACUGGAUGUUGACAAACCACACAGGGAUGCCCUGUUUAGUCUUCCACCUGAGAAAAAAUGGCAGAUAUACUGCAGCAAAAUCCAGGACAGGGGAGAGCACUGGCCUGACUACUAUAUUGAGAAACUGAACAAUCUAUCUUCUGUAUUUGUCAGUUACAAUAAUGAGGAGGAAGAACUGAGGACAAAGAUGGUGGACAACUUAAAGACUGCUCUUAGAACACAGCCAAUGAGCUUUGUGACACGGUUCAUUGAACAAGAGGGGCUGCAGAGCCUGCUGAAGUUUCUGGAGAACAUGGACUACAAGACCUGUCAGAGUCCCAUCCACACCUCCGUCAUCGGCUGUCUCAAGGCCCUCAUGAACAACUCGCAAGGCAGAGCUCAUGUACUUGCUCAUCCAAACUGCAUCAACAUAAUUGCUCAAAGUCUCGCCACCGAAAAUAUCCGGACAAAGAUAACAGUCCUGGAAAUUCUGGGAGCCAUUUGCCUGGUUCCCGGGGGCCACAGGAAGGUGUUGGAGUCCAUGCUACACUACAAGAAGUUUGCUGCGGAGAGGACCAGAUUUCAGAGCUUGGUCAAUGACCUUGACAGAAGUACUGGGAUCUACAAGGAGGAGGUCCAUCUCAAAACAGCCAUCAUGUUGUUCAUCAAUGCUGCUCUCAAAUAUGGACCCGGAAAGGAACAUUUAGAGUUUCGGUUACACCUUCGCUAUGAGUUUCUCAUGCUGGGUAUCCAACCUGUCAUUGAUAAACUGAGAAAGCAGCAUGAAAAUGCUACCCUUGACAGACAUUUGGACUUCUUUGAGAUGAAAAGGAAUGAAGAUGAGAGAGAACUUUCAAAGAAGUUUGAAAAUGUCCAUGUUGAUACAAAGAGUGCAUAUUCAAUGUUUGACCUCCUGAGGAAGAAGCUGACCAUGACAAGUAGUUACCAGCAUCUGAUGUCCAUCCUACAGCACCUGCUCCUUUUCCCUUUUGGGAAUGAUAGCAAUAUUUCUGGGAUGUGGAAUUUGGCUGACCGACUAAUCCAGCAGGUGGCGCUACAACAGAAGAAUGGCCAGGACCCGGACUGUGUUCCUGUUGAAAUGAACGUCAAGCAAAUGAUACGACAAAUGAGUAGUGGAGAAGAUGUGAAGAGUUUACAGCAGAAGCUGAGAGAGAUGGAGAAGGGCCAGGAAGACUUACAGAGCAAGGUGGCCAAGAAAGAGCGCGACUGUGAGAUGAAGGAACAGGAAAAGGAUGAGCUAGCAGAGACAGUUACCAGGAUGAAGGCUAAACUAGACCAAGAGAUGGCAGCUCAGAACGAACUCAAACAGAAAAUCAAUGAACUCAGUGUUCAUAUUGAAAACCUGUCUUCCCAGCUUUCCAGCGAGCGAGGAGAGAGACAGAAAUUGAGUCAUCUAGUCCAGACAGGUAGCCUUCCUGAUGAUGCCAAGGUCGGCCUGUCCACUCCUGCCCUGAUAGAGCUGAACAAUGUCAGCUCUCAUGUGAUCAAACCGAGUGUACCUCCCCCACCCCCUCCCAUGGGGGUACCACCACCACCACCACCACCACCUGCCCCAGGUGCCCCUCCACCCCCUUCAAUAGGUGGUGGCAGUUCACAGAAAUUCUCCAAUAUACCUCGUCCUAAACAUCCUAUGAAAUCCCUCAACUGGUCCAAGCUUUCAGAGACAAAACUUUCUGGAACUGUUUGGUCAAGGCUAGAUCCUUCCAAAUUGUACAAGCAGUUAGACCUGGAAGACUUUGAGCACACUUUCUCAGCCUACCAGAAACAGCAGAACAAUGACGGGGAGGACACUGAGGGCUCCACCAAGUCCAAGGCCAACAAAGAGCUGUCGGUCAUCGACGGGCGCAGGGCCCAGAACUGUACCAUCCUGUUGUCCAAGCUCAAGAUGACCAACCAGGAGGUCAUAACGGCCAUUCUGACAAUGGACAGCAAGGAAGAUCUUCCAAAGGACAUGUUGGAACAGCUUUUGAAAUUUGUACCAACAUCAGAGGAGACUCAGAUGUUGAUGGAAUACAGUAAGGAGAUAGACAGCAUGGCCAGAGCUGACCGGUUCCUUUAUGAGGCCAGCAGGAUAAACCACUAUGAAGGUCGACUUAGUGCUUUAUGUUUCAAAAAGAAAUUUCCAGAAAAAAUGUCUGACAUUAGACCCAAAGUUGAAGCAAUAAAAGGAGCAUCCAGUGAACUAAUGAAGAGCCGGAAUUUGCGCCAGAUUUUGGAAAUAAUCCUGGCUCUUGGAAAUUUCAUGAAUCGUGGUCAGAGAGGAAAUGCCUCAGGCUUUAGGAUAAGUAGCCUGGCCAACCUUAUCGACACAAAAUCGAGCACCAGCAAACAUGUGACUCUUCUUCAUUACUUAGUGGACCUCAUAGAGAAAAAGUUUCGAAGUGUUCAAAAAGUAGAUGGGGAAUUGUCCAAUGUCAGAGUGGCAGCAAAAGUCAGUAUGUCUGAGUUGGACAAAGAUAUAGCAGACAUCAAAGCAGGACUAGAAAGCAUUGGAAAGGAGCUGAAGUUCUUUGAGAACACUGGGGAGACAGACAGCAGGAAGUUUGUGUCUGUGAUGACAAACUUUCACAACCUUGCAUCCUACAAUUUCUCAGAGAUUGAGGAGGCCAAGGGAGAAAUCAAGAAAAAGUUUGAUUCCGUGUGUGAGUUCUUUGGAGAGGACCCCUCACAAAACAAGCCAGAGGACUUCUUUGGAAUAAUUGACUCCUUCCUGACUGCCAUGGCUGAUGCUAAAGCUGAGAAUGAAAGAAUCAAGAGGCAGAAGGAGGAAGAAGAAAAGAGACAAGCUCUGGAAGAAUCGCUAAAGAGAGAGCGUGAAAAGUUACGGAGUAGAAGAAGUGCUAGUCCUGCCACUAAAGGGGACAUCAAGGACCGAUCCAACAAAGGUGAAUUUGAUGAACUCAUUUCUGCCUUGAGGACUGGAGAUGUGUUCGGGGAAGAUCUCAUGAAAAUGAGGCGAAACAGGAAAAGGGGCGGUGUUAGUGUCGGGAACGGCAGAGAACGAGGCGGAAAACUGUGAUUCAUUCUUUAUUCCGAGACUUCUCACUUCAUACAGGAAAAGCCAGAAUGUGGACUAGAAACCACACUGGAUCUCUGUGGACAGUGCAUGAUUGUAUUAUUAAUCAAUUCCCUUCAUUUUGGUCUUACAUGUUACUGUAAUAACUACCAUGUAAUUCCAUUUCCACAGAAUCCGAAAGUGCUGUGGGCUUGAAAAAAAGUGACAUACUGUGCAAUUCUUUUGAACUUGCUCUAGAGUAAUUAUUAGAAAUAGUCCCUUUGUAGAACGCAAGUCAAACUUGUAAUAGCGGAACUGUUUCUUUUGGCUUUUGAUGUUGUGACAAAUGCUUGUAAAGCAUUGUAUAGUUGAGUUCCACUUAUACUUUCUUUGUUGGGAGAUGGUGAGAAAUUAUACCUCAGUUUUUAAGAUCAAGCGUUUAUUAUUCUCUAAAUGAAUAUACAUCAUUCCAAUUUCUAUACUAAAGUCUUGCAUGUUGACAUUACACGUAUGUGCAUUUAAUACGGACACACUCAUUCAAGGGUUGAUAUCCUUUUAACAUUCAUACACACACAACACAUACAUUUACUGUACAUAUACAUAUAUCAUACCUGUACAUGUAUAUACAAAUAUACAUGUAUAUAUAUAUUUGAUGUAAAUUACCAACAUUUAUUGAAUUUGCAUGAGUUAUAUUCAACAGGUCGCUCAAUAUAAAUACAUGUAACCAUAACUUAUGCAUACAUAUUUAUUACAUAGUGCUGUAAAUAUGUGUUUUGUAAAUACAUGUAUAAGUUUUGUACACAAUGUGCAAUAUUAUUCUUAAUAUUCAAUAAUUCGUAUUCUGACCCCCGAUAUACCCCUUAAAAAAAAUAUUCAACAAUAUCAUAUAAAUUAUACAUUAUACUUUUGGUCAGGAUCUUUGCUUCAAACCCUCAAAAUUAUAUUAGACAUGAACAUAGUAUUGAAAUUUUUGAAAUUCUCUGAAAUGGUUGAAUUUAUAUAUGAUCAACUCUCACACUAAAUUAAGCCCCUUGUGUCCCUACAUCAGUUUAAAAGAAUUAAACUAAACCUCCAAGUACAUGUUUUUCCUAUACUUUACAUGUAAUUAAUACAUGUAUGAUUGGGUGAUGUUUAAUUAACUUGAAUUGUGAUAGAUGUUGUAGAGUGGUCAAUUUUAUGUUUGUUACGACAGCCAGAGUUUAUUUACAAUGUUGUAUUUCUACUGAAUGAACUGAAGACAUCAUAUAAUAUACAUACAGUAGUAUAUCUUUAAUGUGUCAUAUAUUUCAUAUUUUUUAUGAUAACGAGUAUUUAUUAUUCUUUCUAUAGCUUAAUUACUGUGUUGAUAUUAAUUUUCCUUUUUUCAUGGUUUAUGUGCACGUUCAAUUGAUUUCUUUAAACUGUUGUGUUGCCAUUAAACAUACAUUGUACUAGUACAUUUAUACUGAUCUUAUAUAUGACCUCCAAGCCAGUUUGUAUAAAUGGGUACAAUUUGUGACACAUUAAUGUUUACCGAAAUUUAUCUAUUUUUCUGCUUGCUGCUUGAUUUUAACCAUCCCCCCAGUGCUCCCAAUUGAACAUUUUAAGAACCAACAUUCAUCAGUUCUUAGGAUGAUGUAAAUCAUAGAAAUCUUUCCCUAUAAAAAUGUACAACUCUAUAGCCUUGUAAACUAUACAUGUACCAUCUAUCAGUGCAGCAUUUUGCUAAAUGAUAUUAAACAAAUUCCCCAUAAUAAUAUUUUUAUCCGCAAAUCUUUAAAUUUUUUAAUUGCUGUGCCUUCUACAUCAUCAACAGCCAUUUGUUCAUGGUGCCAUAGGCAAUGAAAAAAUAUAAAAUAGCUAAUAAUAAUCUCUAAGAUUUGAGUUAGGAUAUGGUAGAUAUAAAGUAAAAUUAUAGCUGUGAAUAAUUUUUAUAAUUGUAGUUAUAAACAUGACUUCCAAAUUUUAACAGUACACAGAUCUUCCUGUGCUGUACUGGUGCUUUACAGUGUGUUUAGAUUGUUAGGCUACAUAAUAAUACUAUUAUAACCUGCAUUAACAGGGCAUGACAUAAAGAGCUUUAGGCUUGGAGAUUUCCAACAAGUUCCAUCACCCAUGCAACAUUUUCUCAGAUAUUCAUGUACAUUCUAAGCUCAAUGAUCAAAUCAGCAUUAUAGGAAAUUGAGGUACAAGUGCAAUACUUCUAAAAUCACAAAAUAACACGAGGAUAUUUUCUAACAGUACUGUUUCUAUUCUAACAUGCAUGCCUUCCCUAGCAUCAAAUGUUUGCAAAAUUUGAGCUCAUUUUUUUUUUUACAAAUAAACAUACCGGUACAUUUUCUAUCUUAGUAUAGAUCAUUUAUGUACAAGAAAGUUGUUUGUUAUGUUACCAGUAAGAAUUGGAUUGGACUUGUUUCGUACAUAACUGAUAAAAGUGUGCAUGUUGAAUGCUCAACCUUGAUGCUGUUGCGUGAACUAUUCCUGUGUAAUGAAGCCUAUAGAUCUUAAUAUUUCUACCUUAUUGUUGGUGUUUUGUAUACCUAUAUAAUUUUACUUAAUACUAGGUCUGGUCGAGUUUUGUAUUUUGUAAUGAAUUACUUUCUGUAUGUUUUUUUUAUUUUGUUAAUAUACUUAUGUUACAGUACAUAGAAUAAACCAAACAAAAAUUGA